GUGACCUGAGAAUUUUUUCUUUUCAAAUGUCGCAAUUCUUCAUUAUACUCCUACGCGAUUGCGUGAAUUGAACAAAAGUACAUAAAAAAUAUUAUCAAGAUGAUGAAAUACGAGGAAGCGAACGAGAGAUUAAAGGAUAAAUCGAGAUGUGCAGGAGCUCGUGCCGAUCUCAAAAUGUGCCUUCUCGAAAGUGACUGUUGUAAAGUUUUCCAUCGUACACCGAGAGAAUGUCUCAAAGCCAAUGAUGGUUCAGUACCUGACGCUUGUACAGCACUCCGACUAACAUUUUUCGAGUGUAAACGAUCCAUAAUAGAUGGUCGCAGGAGAUUCCGGGGAAUUAAAGGAUACUGAAGGAAUUGUGAGGUUAAUUUAUCAUUAGAAUUUGUAUUCUGCAAAUAAAAACAACUAGUCUAAUCUUCUGCCGGAAGAAA